AUGGUCAAUAAACGUAAAAACUCUGCUUCUUCCUCUGACUCUUCUCCAGAGACAGUGGAUUGGUCUCAAAUCAUGCGUAAAGCAGAGCAACAAGUUUAUGCGCAGAGAAAGACUCUAGCACAAUCUUUGAUCAAGUCGGCUCAGGAAGAGGUUGAAUCGUUGACAAAACAACAUUCCGAACUACUCCAAGCUCAUUGCGCUGAACAAAAAUCCAUAUAUACCUCAUUCAUCAAUCCUGUUACUCUUCGUCGUGAACGUCAACAAGAAUUAUCUCUCAAAGCUUUAACUCAAGAUCGGAAUUCUCGUCGUAUGAUCAUUGAAUAUAUCGAAUUGUUCAAACGUUGUGAUAUGUCCGGUGUAGGAAGUGAUGCGCAGGGUAUGAUGGUAGAAUUUGAGAAAGGAUUGAAAGAACAAGCCGGUAUGAUACAACUACAAUCUAAUGUCCAAACAAAACCCAUUUCGUCCAGGAAGAAAAGCAAUUCUUCCAGUAUCUGA